AUGGCUAACCAUAGCACCGUAUCUAGAUUCCAGCUUAUGGGUUUUGAGAGCCUUCCAGGGUGGCAGAUCAUCCUCUUCACUGUGUUCUUCCUUAUCUAUAUUUUAACCAUUACAGGCAAUGUAGUCAUCAUUGUGAUGGUCAAGCUGGAGCCAUGCCUCCAUUCUCCGAUGUACUUUUUCCUCCAAAAUCUUUCCUUCCUAGAGAUAUGGUACACAACCACUAUUGUACCCAAGAUGCUCAUCAGCCUCCUUGUAGAAAACAAGACCAUCUCCUUCAAUGAGUGUAUGUCCCAGUUGUACUUUUUUGUUUUCUUGGGAGCAACAGAGUGUUUUUUUCUUUCUGUAAUGGCAUAUGACCGGUAUUUGGCAAUUUGUGACCCUCUGCAUUACUCUGUAACUAUGAACAUUCAGUUCUGCAUUCAUUUGUCAAUCGGGUCUUGGAUGAGUGGUCUCCUCACAGGGCUCUUGCCACCUUUGCUGAUCUCCAGACUAAAUUUCUGUAGCUCCAAUCAAAUCAAUCACUUUUUUUGUGACAUUCCCCCUUUGCUGAAGCUCUCUUGCUCUGACACUUCAGUCAUCGAGAUAAGCAUAUUUGUGCUCUCUGUAUUAGUACUUUUCACUUGUUUUAUGCUUACCCUAACAUCUUACACAUUCAUUAUUUUCACUAUUGUGAAAAUCCCUUCUGCUUCUGGAAAGAAGAAAACAUUCUCCACUUGCGGCUCACAUUUGGUUGUGGUGGUAAUAUAUUAUGGCACUAUGAUGUCUAUGUAUAUUCAACCUAGUGCUAGUCUUUCUUCAGAGCUCAAUAAAGUUGUCUCUGUCUUUUACACUGUGGUAACACCACUUCUUAACCCUGUCAUCUACAGUUUGAGGAAUAAUGCCUUCAAGGACUCUUUACAGAAGUUGAUCAAAAGGAAAUGUAUCUUAUAUAGCUUUUAA